AUGGCGCUCCCUCAGCGCCCGGCGUCGCGCUUCUUCGCGGCCUUUUACAGAUGGAGCCGCCAUACACAACGGCCGAGCCCAUGCACGCUCUCUUCACAAAAUACUCAUCUGCCAAGAUGUCCUGCGACCUUCGCCGGCCUACGAUGCUACCAUGUGACCCGCCGUGUACGUGAGGAGAACCAGUCUACACAUGACUUCAUGCAAGAGCUCCAGACGAGUGCAGGUGCUGUUCAAGGGGACGUUCAGGCUCCAGUCGAGCCUCUGCUACAGGCAGUCGAUUCUGCGCAACUGAAAGACGAUGUCCGCCGCCUUAUGCGAAAAGUGCCCGCCUCAGUCGCUGUCAUCACCGUCGCGCAUCUCGACCCAGCGACGGACGAAAUGGUCCCUAUGGGCAUAGCUGUUUCGUCCCUCAACACUGUCACUCUCGAUCCGCCCACAAUCUCCUUCAACAUCAAACAACCCUCGCAAGCCCUCAACGCUAUCCGAGCCGCCAAUGGCCGCUUCCGUGUACACUUUCUAGACGGUCAAGAGCCCAGUCUUAAGAUCAUCGAGCGCUUCUGCAACGGAAACAACCCCGACGCUUAUGAGCAACGGCGGGAGGGCCUUUCGAUCGAUGUUCCACAAAUCGAAGACAGUACGCCAGCUACAGCUCUCCUGUCGCCACGAAUACAGGGCAAGACCGUCCGCGCUGCGGCCGAGUGCACUUUGACCCAGGAGCUUACCGUUGGGGAUCAUGUCAUUCUCGUCGCUCAGGUCAGGAGCCUUGAGAGCACUAAUCUGGAAGAUCCAACGAUCGUUUAUGUCGAUGGCACAUACAGACGCCUUGGCCCCAAACAGCCCGCUGUGGACGCCGCACAAAAGAAGGCGUUACAGACAACCACGAGCCGGGCUCAGGAGCGAUUGAUGGCUUACGGCUGGCCUCUGAUUCCUGGAGAACAACAUCGACACGAGUACGCAGAAGGCUUGAAGUCAUAUGUCAAAGGGAUUCCAGGGCUCCGAUUCAUGAACCCAAGAGAUGUCAUCAAAGUCUUAGAGCCCGAAACGAAACUCAUUACGAAAUCCUUCGGCAUCGAUCUGGUAGCACUCGUCUCUUUCUGUCAAAAUGGAGCGACCACAAACAAUCAGUCAAUCCUGCCCGAGUUCUUCGGGCAGCUCUCGUCAGCUAAAAUGGCAAAGCUGAUUGACCGUGUGAAGCAACUCGUCAAGGCUGAUAAACGGUUCCUCGAAGUGGGCUACACCGAUCUACUUCGUUACUUGGACGUCCACAUUGCUGGCGCCAGCGUUCUGCCCAGCGAUCUGCUGAACCCUCUCCGGGCAGAAGGGCUUGUCGGUCCUUUCGAACCAUCAGAGUCGCUGCCAGACGCGGCCGGCCCAGAUCGAAAUGCUCUUGUUCUGGAACAGGCUGAACAUUUGAUCCGGAAACAGCUCUCUAUCCUGACAGACAAACAGAUCCUACGUACACCUCUGCCCGCUAUUCUGGACCGGGCCCGUGUGCCAACUGUAGAUCUCCUGCACUUCCGGGAGAACCACACUCGCCUGAAAGUCGACAUGUGUUCAGGAUUCUACAAGGACUGGAAAGUCGACAUCACAGGCGAUGCCGCUCCCGAAGAGGUUCUUGUAAUUAUACGUCGCCUGGUCGAUUACAUGGGGGUCGGCCGCAAACAGGUCUACCGGAUGCACAUGAUGGAAGAAACGAGCGACAUGUUGCGCAACGUUGGUGUCCAUCCGCUCAUCUCUGGUGUGAACGCCGACUACAUCGUAAGCAAGAUCCGAUCUUUCUACCAGGUCCCCGAUGACUUUUCAAACCUGGGGUACAGAGUCGAGGACACGUUACAGCCAUAUUUCGCCAGCACGGUUACGUGGGAGGACCUCGAAUCACGCGUGAGACAGUUCGUGCAAAAGUUUCCUUUGCGAGCUACCACCUGGAAGAGUAGAGACGCACUGGCCGCCAUGGGUAUGAGCGGGAACACCACCAUCUCUACACCACUCACCGAGACACCGCAGACCAUAGAUGACAGCAAUUUGCUUGACAUGCUCAUGGCGAAGGCACUCAAAAACCACUACGGCAACGGUACAGACGAGGAGAACCAAGCUAUUGCCACCUUCCUCAAAGACCGAUACAAGUUCGAUGUUGCUCGCAAGACCGCCGUGGUAUCGCCAGAAGAAGCUCUUAAGCGCUCGUCAGCCGACGAUCUGGAGGCGGCGAGGUUGAAGCACCAGGAAGAGACUAUUCCGAUACGGAACGUGGGUACCAGACAUCGGUAG